AUGGCAGAACAAAAAGCAGUAAUGAUCACUGGGCGUGGCGAACGACUUGUCCUAGGAACUAGACCCAUACCGACUCCUGGACCCAAUGAAGUCUUAGUGAAGAUUAGCAUCGCGGGAUUGAACCCACAUGACCAGUAUGUUCGUGAUCUGGGGUACUUUAUCGGCGAUAACGUGCCCUCCCCAUUUGGCAUUGAUAUUGUCGGUGUUGUACAUGCUCUCGGAAAAGGCGUCGACAAGUUUCAGGUUGGCGAUUUGGUCUUUGGGAAUGGAGAUCCAUUCAUUGGAGAUUACAUGGGCACCCAAGAGUACGCCAUUAUGGAUGUCGGUUUCAUGGGCCGAGUCCCUUCUUCAAUCACACAGGAUGAGGCUGCGACAUUGCCCUUGAAUGUGCUUACCAUGUACAUUGCUCUGUUCCACUCAUCUACUCACGCCAUCCCAUCUCCUUUGGCUCCUGAAGGACAAUCCUUUGAUUAUAAGAAUACACCUCUCGCCAUCAUUGGAGGUGGCUCCAAUUGCGGCAAAUUUGCCAUUCAGCUUGCUAAGUGGGCUGGGUUUGGUACCAUUAUCGCGAUCGCAGGCAAGGCUAACUCCAACCUUCUUCGUGACCAUGGAGCUACCCACGUCAUCGACAGAACACUGAGUAACGACGACAUUGAGGCUCAGGUGCGAAGUAUUGUGGGAGAUAACCUUCUGCAUGUGUGCACUGCAGUCGCUACAAAGGACCUAACGCUAGGUGCCAGGAUUCUAUCAAAUAGCAAAAAGGGAAUACUAGUUCCACUGACAGCUGGCGAAGUCGACGACACUAAGCUCAACAAACAGGCAGGAUACCAAUUGCGCCGUUUCCUCUGUCGUCCACAUGAAGAUGACAGGCGAGAGCUCUCAACCGUCUUUUGGAAGUCUUUCCCAGAUCUUGUUGAUAAGGGAGUUUUCAAGCCGACUCCAUUUGAGAUUGUUAAGGGGUUAGAUGCAGACAAGAUCAACGAAAUCCUUGAUCAGUAUGGGGCUGCUAAAAACCCAACCAGACCGAAUGUACACGUCACUGAGGUCUAG